CAUGCGUAAUCCGGCUGUGGAAGUGUGACGUCAUCGAUCGUUAGCGAUGAAAUUCCGAGUGGUCGAGCGGCAGUUCUUCGCAGGACUCGUCUCGGGCUUCCUCUUCGCUAUGGUCCUCCUCGCCCUCCGGCCCGAGGUCGUCCUUCAUCCUCGAGGUUGUCCUCUGCCUGACGCAGGAGCUCUCGGCGCGGCAGUACUGCAGGUGGGGCACAGACGUCGGCUGGCUCAGGUGGUGAGCGAAGUCAGCCGGCAGGUGGCACGCUGGCCAGACGCGCCCGACGCCAAGUGGGCGUGGCGGCUCUCCGAGGUCGCGGCCGAGCUGGACCCCCGCCUCCCUCGCGCGCCGUCGCUCCUCGUCUCCCCGCCCUCCGCUUCCUCCUCCUCCAGCAGCUCUUCCUCCCACACCUCCCCCCCUGCCUCCUCCUCCCUCCCGUGGGACUUCUCCGCCAGGCUUCCUGACGCGCUUCCCGCGAAGGACAACCGGUCAAGGAGCGUCUGUCCGGAGGUGUACUUCGGCUCCCAUUACGGCUGGCCCUUUUACCAGCGCGGGAUGGAGGCCAAGGAGUGCCAGGGGGUGCCUCCCUUGUACGACGUCCUGACGGUGCUCCUCCCGGCGCGGCACUGGCCGGAGCAGCAGCUGAGGCGCGUGAGGCAGGCGAUAGCGAAGGAGUACCGAGUCCGCCUCAUCGUCAUAUCGGAGGGCGCAAUCUCCGUCGAAGGCAUGGCCGGCGUUCGAGCGGUGAAGGCGAACGGCCUCUCAGCGGCGGACAAUCUCAACGAGGCCGUGAAGCUGGUGGAGACGCCCUUCGUGCUGCUGGGGGAGUCACUGGCGCACUUCAGCAACCAGUCGUCGCUGGAGCGCCUCGUGCGGGUGCUGGACGACCUGGACCACGUGCAGGUGGCCGGGGGCGCCGCCAGGGACACGCGCGGCCACUGGAGCCACGGCUGUCUGCAGCAACACAUGGCCAACUACCAGGCCAAGUACACACUGGGCUACUACCACUCCAAGUACGAGUGCAUGUACUGCGACGACCUCCUCACCCCCUUCGUCACGAGAACCAAGCUGCUUCAGUCGCUCGCCUUCAGUGCCGGUCUCAGCGGACAGGCUGUGUACCGAGACUGGUUCGCCAAGGUACGCGGCGCAGGCCACCUGGCCGUGCUCUGCCCCGACGUUAUGUUCUUCCUCGACAGCCACGUCAACAUGACGGCCGACGACUGGCUCCCCGUGGCCCGCCGGUGGGCCCUGCAGAAGGUGCAGGCCUUCGACGGAAGGGAGCACCUCUUUUCGUGCGAGUCCCUCGACAUCUCGUGCACUGACCUCAUGUCCAUCGUCGACUCCUUCCUGAUCCCUCCGUGCUGCCUCGCCCUCAUAGCCGACAGAGUGGGCAGGGCCUUGGAAGCGGCCGAGGAGAGGAAACUGGACUACGAGCUCCAGGCGGGGACGGUCCUCGGCGCCGUCAAGUUCGGCUCCGUGCUGCCGUGGGACAUCGACCUCGACGUGUACGUCGAGUGCGGGAACCAAGCGCAGUGGAUGGCCAUCGCCAACGCCCACCUCGUCGGCAAGGACUGCAGCCUCAGGGUGUACGAGGCGGACGUCUACUUCUCGGUGAUUUGCCCCAAGUACAUGGUGGAAUUUGUGUGCCACGCCCGACUGAGUCGCAGCGCCCUUCCCGAGGAGUAUCGGAACGUCCCGACUUGGAUCGAGUUCGGGGGGCGCUGGACGAGGGCCUCGAGCAACCCCGGACUCUACUGCCGGAACCACUACGGCUUCGAGGUCCUACGGCACGCGCAGCACUGGCGGCUCCUCCCCGCCCCCGAGAUGGGCGGGGCGAAGGGCGGCUACGACAGCGCCGGCCAGUGGAGGAGCUGUAGGAUGCCCGGACACCACGCCUGCCUCGACAGGUACCCGGGCGAUGGGAAUCUGCCGUUCCUGCAGCCGUUCCUCCUACCGUAGGCUGGGUAGGGCUGCUAACUUUAUCUAUCCAUCUCGCUCUCUCUAUCUAUCUAUUUAUCUAUCUGUUUAUCUGUCGAUCUAUCUAUUUAUCAUUCUAUCUCCUCCAAAUUGCUCCUUCAUCUCAUGCCAAUUCUUAACAUCUUAAUAAUAAAGAACUGUUUUGAA